UAAUUAUCCUUUUUCGUUCCCUACUCCUUAGACCUUAAUAGUGUAUCACCAUUUACCGUAAUUCUCCAUCUACUAUUCCACUAUCCAGUAUUAAAGUAUAAUGUUAUUCAUGUCUAUUAUUUUAUGUGUUUGGUAAUCUAUGUGUAAAACUAAAGUUGAUUUAUUCUUUUGAGUAAAUUAGUUACCGAAGUAUUUUUACGUUACGUGGUUAAAAUUCAAAUAUGUAAGUAUUUUUUAACACAUUAGAUAAUCACAUGGUACCUGUCAAAAUAUAAUAGUCAUUAGUUACUUAAUUUUAAUGUUAUUUUCAAAUUGUUUCUAUUUAGUUAAUUUGUUUACAAUAUAUUAUAUUAUAAUGUUUAUACAUUUACAUUACAUGUGAUUAUAUUAUGUAUGUUUUUCAGCGGCUCGGGUGAAUGUCUUUUAAAUACCUAUACCUAAAUUAUAACUAAACUAAAAAUUUUUAAUAAUGUUAACUGUAUUCGUCUGUUUUUGAGUUUUGUUUCCUUUAUUUUGAGGCAUUAAAAACUAUUUUGUUUUUAAAUUUUCUUAGUGCAAGGUACAUUCACUAUUACUGCAUUAAGGCAUAAAGUAAUAAAGCAUUGAAAUCAUAAUAUACUUAUAUUAGCAUUGUAAACAAUAAUUUUGUUCUCUUGAAUAAUGUUAGAAAUUUGAAUAACUAGAUGGUUUAUAGUUUUUUAAUAUUUAGUUAUUAUUACGUUUGUUUGAAUUUAGAAGACGGAAAUAUGUCGAAGCACCGUGAAUGGGAUCCUACUUGUAAAGUUUAUAUUGGAAAUUUAAAGAGCAAUGCUAGUAAAUAUGAAAUAGAAGAUUUGUUUACCAAGUAUGGACCGUUAAAAAAUAUUUGGAUUGCAAGAAAUCCUCCUGGUUUUGCAUUUAUAGAGUAUGAAGACCCACGUGAUGCAGAAGAUGCUGUUCGAGGUUUAGAUGGAACGUAAGAUAUUAAAAUUUCUGAAAAUUAAUAAAGAGAUUUUAAGAAUAUGACAUUUAACUAGUUUAGUUAAUAUUAUUGAUUACAAGAAAUCCUGGCAUAAUUCUAGUUUUAUUUCCAUGCGAUUUUUGAGGGGUUUUUGUAUUUCAAAAUUUGUGUUUUUGCGUGUACAUUAGGAAUAUAUAAAAAAGAAUCUGACAAACUUUGAAAGUUGUGGGGGAAAACUUCAUGAAGUUCAGGUUUUCCGUUUUGCAUGUUUCUUAAUUAGAAUUUAACAUUUUCCAAAUUUUGUUAUUCUGAUUGUAUUUUUUAAUGCUUGGUUCAUUGGUAUUAUAAAAACUUAUCUAUCAUACUUUUAUAGUUUUUAUACAUAAACCUUAAAAAACAGCGUUUUUGGAAUUGAUCCAAACAUUUUUACAAUUAUUAUUAUUUGUAGUUAUUAAUAUUUUGAUAACAAAGUUUUUUUUUUUAUUGAAGUCUGAAAAAGUCUGUCUAACUUGGUUUUAGAGUUACAAAUGUUUAAACGCGCUUUUUACAGUGCUUACUCGGAUCAUUUUAAUCGGAAAUAUAAAAAAAAACUAAAUCAUUGAUUGUUGUUAAAAUCUUAAAUCAUAAUUCAUAACAUUAUCGUCUAUUAAUCAAUUAUUCAUAUCAUUUAAACCCUUGGUCAAAUAAAAUAUGAUCUUAUUUUUUUUUUUAUUAUUAUUAAUAUUAAUUUAUGAUAAAUAUUAUCAGUUAUCCCUGUCAGAUAUUACUAUGUUGAUAACUUUUACUGUAUGAAAUAUACUAAUAAAAUCAAUUUUUCUACUUAUUUAUUAUUAAUAUUAAUUUAUGAUGAAUAUUAUCAGUUAUCCCUGUCAGAUAUUACUAUUGUCAGAUAUUACUAUGUUGAUAACUCUUUUUAACUGAAAUAUACUUAUAAAAUCAAUUUUUCUACUUAUCUAUUAUUAUAUUAAUUUAUGAUGAAUAUUAUCAGUUAUCCCUGUCAGAUAUUACUAUGUUGAUAACUUUUACUGUCUGAAAUAAACUAAUUAAAGCAAUUUGUCUACUUACCUAUUAUUAAUAUUAAUUUAUGAUGAAUAUUAUCAGUUAUCCCUGUCAGAUGUUUCCAUGUUGAUAACUCUUUUUAACUGAAAUAUAUUAAUAAAUCAAUUUUUCUACUUAUCUAUUAUUAUAUUAAUUUAUGAUGAACAUUAUCAGUUAUCCCUGUCAGAUAUUACUAUGUUGAUAACUUUUGUUGACUGAAAUAAACUAAUAGGUAAAUGUAACUUUUUAAUUAUAUUUUUAUUAAUGUUAAUUUGUAAUGAACAUUAUCAGUUAUCUCUGUCAAAUUUUACUAUGCUAAUAACUUUUGUUGGCCGAAAUAAAUGAAAUAAUUUAAUGUUUUAAUUCUUUUAUUAUUACUAGUGUAGAUUUUUAUAUGUCAUAAAAAACUCAAAAUAUAUAAUUAUUUAUGUAAAUAUUUUUGCCAAAAUAUGUUAUAUAAAAAUUGUAUAUAUAAUUAAUUUCAAAUCUUGAUCAUAAAAUAAUUAUUUGUUGAUUAAGUUUAUUAUAGAAAUUAUUAUAUAUUUUAUUUAUUUAUUUGUAUUGCUGCUUUCUCGGAAACAACUUACACUUGGAGAUUUUUAAAUAAUGUAUGGUGGUCAAGUGGAACAUUCAAUGUCAACCGAGGAAAAUGGGGAAUAUUUCAUACUUGAUAUAUGGAGAUUGUGUAAAUUUGAUAUCCAUUGAUAUUUUCAUUUUCAUUCAGAAUUAUAUUUCUAGUAGCUUUUAAUAUUAUACUGGUUAUUGUCAAUAUUUCUGUUAAAUGUGUGUACAAAUCAUAUAUAUAUUGGUAAAAUGUUUAAAAAUGUGUAUUUACAUCAAAAUAUGUUGUAUUGUGUAAUCUAAUAAAGUCUUGUUUUAUCCAGGGUUUUAUGAAACAUGCUUAAUUUUAAUCAGAUUUAUGAAUUUGCAUUCAAUAAAAUUAUAUCUUUACAUACAAAUCCGCGUCUUAAUUAUUACUAUUAAUAAUGUAUAAUAUCAGUUAUCCCUGGCAGAUAUUAUUAUAUUUAUAACUUUUGCUGUCUGAAAUUUUAAAUAUUUAGUUAAAUUUUAUAUAAUGCAAUUUUAAGUAUGACAAUUAUUAAUGAUAAAUCUUUAUUUUAACGCUUAUUUUUGAGCACCAUAUGUUAAGCCUUUAUUAAGCGCAGUACUAAGUUUUUUUUCUUUACACAGUUGUCUUUGGUUUCUUUAUAUUUAUCUUUUCUAUUUUUUGAUGGGAUAUAGUAUUCUUAUUUGGCAUCUUUUUCUUGCCAAGGACCAACCUCUGGCUAUAUUAUUACAAUCUAUUUGCUGUCCCAUAGUUAUUAUAUCUGUUAAUAUUUACUUGUAACUUUUCUGUGAACACAGGUGUAUAUUUUUGGUAAAUUAAACUAAUUAAAUAUCAAUUAUUCUUGCGAGAUAUUACUAUGUUGAUAAUUAUUAUUCUAAUGGUUUUACUGUUAUGUUUUUCUCUUUUGAUGUUUUCUUGCACUGCUUAAAUUAUGUACAGUUUUCUUUCAAAUUUAAUCAUGAUCAUUAGGGUUUAGAAAUUAUAGGAGUUAAAAUAAAUGAAAUAUAUAUGCAGUGAAACCUCCCUUAAUGGACACUUCUAAAUAGCGGAUGUUUUUUUGGAAAUGUGGUCAUUUUCACUAUUUAUAUAUAGAAAAACCACUAAAUACAGGACAUUCUAAAUAACUGACACUUUUUUAACAUUAAUAUUGAUAAUUUUUAUCACAAAUUAAGAAUAAUUGUGGAAUAAAUAAAAGUUUACACCGUUAAGUUAUCUUUUAUAACUAUUUAUGUAUAUUAUUAUUCUGUACCUACAUGUAUAUCUUAUAUUAUCCAAACAGUUGUUAAAAUAUUAUUGAGUCAAUGAAAUGCAACUUUAAGAUGUAUUCACUUAAUGUAAAAUGGAAUAAAAUUUAUUUAAUUAAUUAAUUAAAUACAAAUAUAAUUUCUCUCUUUAAUUCUACCUCUGAAUAGCUGACAAAAUUUAAGCAAACGAGAGUAUCUGAUAUUUAGAGGUUUCACUGUAGAUAUAAAUGUAUGUAAAAUAUGGCAAAAAAAUGCUUGCUAUUUUCGAUUUAAUUAAACUGAAAAACCAAAUUAAUAUAUUUAUGAUAUGAUAAUAUUUUGGACAUGCACACAAUACAAAUUAAAAUAUACUUAUGCACAAAAAAAAUAAAUAUUUACAUUAAUUAAUAUUACAUUUUUUAAUUCAUUAUUAUUUAAAAUACAUAGGUUAAAAAAAAAGAUACAGAUAUACUUCACACAGUGGGUGAACCAUUGUUUUAGGUGAAAAGUUGGAAAGGCAGAGGCGAAAUGUAAUAUAUAUCUGUAUGCAACAAUUAACCAUUUGAAAUAACUAAAAAUGAUUCUGAGAGGAGUUAUGUUAAAAGUGUUGUUUUGUAAUAUUUUCAAAUUUCAUCAAAAUUUGAAAUUGAAAUUCUUAUAAAACAAAAAAAAAAUAUACUACAUUAAACUUUAUUUAAAAAUCACAAAGUGCAAAGACUUGCAAUGAACCUUCUGUUCAAUUUUCUAUCAUUUUUGUUUGGUCCAAUAAUUUUAUUCACAGAUUGUCUUUCAAACUGUUUAAUAUUAACAGUUUUUUACUUGCAAUAUUUUCUGAAAAUGAAUGAUUUUCUAAGAAAAAUAGUAAAACCUUAACUUAUUUAAUUUAUAUUUUAAUAUAAAUAGUUCAAUCAAAAUGUUCCUGGAAUGUACAAAUCGUACGCCAAUUGAGUGUCAAAUAUUAGCAGAGUUUGUAUUACAGGCUUUUAUAACUUUUCUUGAGCAAAUUUGAUUUUGUAGAUUCUUUUUAACUUUCUUAGUUUUGAUCAAACUAUUAUUUUUGUAAAAUAUGUUUUUUGUAUUUAUGUAACAUAUUAUUUAAAGCUUAAAAUCAUUAAAACAGUUUUUGGAUAUUUAAAUAAAUAUUUUAGUAGUUUAGUUUUUAAAACUAUUUUACACGUAAACUUUGUUACAAAAUAUGCAUACAGUGAAAAAUCUUUAUAAUAAAUCCUAAGGGGUACUAAGAGAUUUCUUUGUUAUAGAUAGUUUUCACAACAGAGAAGGAGACGAAUUCUAAUAGUAUUUAUUUUGUAUGGGUUAUAAAGUCAACCAACCAUUAUUAAGUAAUUUUUACAUUACAUAUAGUUUUUCGUUAAAAAGAGUUUUCACUGCAUAUAUUAUUACAAGUCAUACAAAUGUUUAAUAUUCUUGAGGAAGGUGUUUGGUGAUUUUCAUAUGUAGUAAAAUAAUUUGACCAAUAUUAUUUCAAAAUAUAAAAAUUCUAAGUAAAAGUACGUAAAAUGGUAUUAUUUAUUUAAAUUAAAUAAACACUGUAAUUUAAGAUAAUUGUCUCACAUGAUUGUUCUUCUUUUAUUGGCACAGUGCAUUAAAUGAUCUUUUAUUCAACCUAUUUCUGUUCAGAGUUUGUUUAUUGUGCAUUAAACUAGUCAUGCUUCUUUGUGACCUGAUGACAGUGAUUCAUUUAGAACCCAACUCGAUGUACCUACUAAUCUGAUUUUGUCAUCUAGUGUUUCAUCCACUUCAAAAUUAGUUUAUGAAAUUACCCUUUGUAUUAUUCAUACAAAAUUUUUCUUAACUUUAAACAUAAGUGAUGAUAAGUUUCGCCAAACAUAAGAUGUCACAAGUCUGGUGUUGUUUUUCCUGUCUAAGUGGUUGGAGCAAUCCCUGAAAGUAUGUAUAAUUAUUGAACAGGUGUAUUAUUCAGACACCCUGUAAUAUCAGUUGAUGGGAUUUGUUAAGUAUAACAUUAAUUAUUUUGAUGUGUGACAAACUGUACUUGUGUAGUCUUCCACUGAGAAGUCAUUAUCACUAUAGUUCUUAGGAUGUGAGGAUUUCAGCUCUAUAUAGAGUUGUUGAGUUUCCGCAUUAUUUUAUUUUUCGUUAUGUUUUAUUUAGUAUUCUCAGUGGCAUCUGAGUGAGCGGUCAAACAUUACUCCUAGAUAUUUAGGGUGUUGUGCAUUUUGUUAUUUUCAUCCCGUCCAAGUCAACACAGGAAGUAAAAACUGGCAGUAUUAAUAAGAAUAGCUACUAAAUAAAUAGGAAAUCUAUUAUAUUAGUUAAAACAUGAUUGCUGAAUAGGCUUUCUUGACUUGUUUAUUUUUUUAAUACAUUUAAUAAUGCAUGUGUUUUAAUUAUUUGAGAUAUAUAUAUGUAUAUAUUUGUUAUAUGAACACUAGCUUAGUUCAUAUGCUAAUUUAAUGUUUUUGUCAUCUUUUAUUUAAAAAUAAAAAAUAAUAUUUUUAAUGCAUUUUUAGAUAUUUUCUGUUUUAAUCUUCAUAUGAGGUAUAUAUAAAAAUAUUAGUUUUAAAUGUAUCAAAAUAUUUAUUUUUCAUUUAAUUUUGUUUAAACUGGACAUUUUUGAAAAUAAUACUUAUGUUUAUAAUAUUUAUUUUCAGUUUUCCUAAUUAGACUUCAAAUAUAUCAUGGUGAUGGCUGUUUUUUUUUUGAAAAUUAUUUAUUUAUUUUAAUUAAUGUUAAAGUAUAACUUAUUCAUGUCUUUAAAUAAUUAUACAUUGGUUUAUAAUUUAUAAACGUAAAAAAUAACUAUGUAAUUAUAUAUUACUUUACAAAAUUCAAAUUAUUUUUAGGAGAUGUUGUGGAUCCAGAAUUAUUGUUCAAAUGUCUACUGGAAAACGUCGCCCCAAAGAUAGAUCACCUGAUUAUAGGCAAGUUAUUUUAAUUAAUUUAAAAUGCUUUUAUGAUAUUUUUACUUUAUAUUGUAUAUGUUAAUGGUGUUAUAAGCGAUCUACCUUAAUAUCCACGAUCUAUACAUGUAGCUCACUGGUGUUAUAAUCUACCAAUUGGUUAGUGGCAUAAGCAAAAUAUUGUUAAGAUAAUAAUAAAUCCUUUAUAAUUAUGCUAUUAUGUAAAUAUUAUAAAUUAAAAAAGUAUGUUACUUAAACUAUUAUUUAAAUAUAUACUAUAUCAAAAGGAAAUAAAUAAUUUACCUAAACAAUAUACAAUGUUGGAAACAAUAACUCCUAUGUACUAAUGUACUAUGUACUGGCGGUAGAAUUAAGAAUAUUGUUUUGCAGUGUUAUCACAGGGCCUAAUUUGAUAAUUAAUAAUGGGGAUUGCUUGUCAAUCAUUAUCUUGUUAUUAGUUUUUACAUUGUAGUGUGGAAUCCUUUUUAUAGAACUGUGUGUUGUAAAUCACUAAAAAAUUACAGUGGAUCAUUUACAACACCAUUACCAUGUAUGCAAAUGUCAUGUUUUAUAGUUUUUAUAUUAUAGAUAAUAUAAAUGUUAUUUAAUAUCUGUGAAGGGUUAAAUGUUAUUUCUUUAAAUAUAAUAUGUUAAUAAUUUUUAAAUUAAUUAGUUUCAAACCUUUUAACAGGUUAUUUAUUAUAGAUUCAACUCUAUUGAAUUCUCCAUCAUCACCACCACUACUACAUCUACCAUCACCUUUCAACACAGUACUACCAACUUGAGCAAGCAACAAACAACAGGGGGUGUAAACUUCUUAAAUCUCAAUUAGGCUUUUUUUAUUUAUAUGUUUUUUACUGUCAAAUCUCACAAUUUCAGUACAAAAACAACAAAUUAGUAUUUGUAAUUUACCUUUCUAGCUACUGCAACGUGCUUCGAACAUCCCACCACAUCGUUUUUGCAUCGCUCAUCGUUCAUCGUAAUUUGGGUUGAAUUUUAUGUAUGCAUAUAAAAAAUAUUACAUUGUAGGAUAUUUUAUUAUUUGAAGUUUAUGAUAAAAAUUUUAUCUCUGAAACUAGAUCAUAUGAAAUCCUUAAUAAUAAUUAAUAUAUAAAACAAUUACAUUUGUAGUAGAACCUCUAUAAUACAGUAAUUGAGAUGGUACAUAAUACAUAUAUACAAUGGUAUUAGUUUGCGAUUUACUGUAAAUUAGAGGUUUUACUUUUUAUAAUUUGAUGCUCUUUUUAUAUAUUUAAUUUAUUUUAGAGGCAGAGUUUCACCUCCAGGUCGUUCUUAUCGGUCAUAUUCUCGUUCACUUUCAAGAAGCCGUUCACCUGUUUACAGAGAUAGACGAUCUCGUUCAAGGUCAUACUCCAGAAGAAGAUACUAAAUUUGACACUGUAAAACAUCUAUUCAGUUUAAAAAAAAAGUAUAAAUUGAAUAAUAUAUUUAAAUUAGUUUUAGCAAGGAAAAAAUAUUAUAAAUUGAGAAAUUCACUUAUCAAUCAUCAAGUACUUAAAUAGUGAUGUGUUAAAUAAUUAAAGAGAUUGGUUUACUUGUUUUAUUAUGUACGUAAUUUGUUUAUUUUAUAUUUUAAAGAUUUGGGUUAAUAUAUUUGUAUUUAAUUUUUUUUUUAUUAAUAUGAAUAUCCUAAAAGACAAUAAUGUAACACUACUUUAUUAUUUAUUAUUUUUCUUAUUUUAAAAUGGGGCCUAUUUUUAUGAUUAAUGGUUAUUAUAAUUAAUUA